CUCGAGCCCUCGGAGCACGUCGCACGCACCGCGCUCGCUCCCGCAGCGAAACUUUACUCGUUCCACGCAGUGAUCAGUGUGUUCCCAACGCGGCGUUUAUGCACUUUGAAAACUGACAGUUUUGGUUUUGUGUUGUUUAUGUUUGUUUUUGUGUCCACAUUGGAGGUGAUCGGUUUAUUUGCAAUACGGCCGUCUGUUUACGGGCUGCGGCUGGCGAGUUGGAGCGCCCGUUAUAAUGUGACCGGCGCACGACGACGGGCGUCUCUCCUCAAGGUGUUUGCGAUGUGGUACACGUGGACGACGUUACUGCUGGUGUCGUGUGCACUAGUGAAGGCGGAGACCGGGGCGGAGGGUCCGGCGCCGGCGCCCGUGGCGACCACGCGCGCGCCGCCACAAACCCUCGACCGACAGGCCGCUGAGCUUGCAUGGAAGUCCUGGCUACAGAGCCCGGAAAGCGGCAACCAGAAUGCACCACCACGUAGAAUCACUACCAAAUCCCUUUUCAUUACGCCGCUGAAUUGUCCUGAAGGACAAAGACUCGAUCGCAAUGGUUGCGUUCAGGUGGUAACAGUAAACAAAGACGAGCACGAACGGAUUCUGCUGGAGCACUUGAAUGCUUGGUUCGUGACUUCAGCUCCUAGCGGAGACGUACUGUACGACUACGGCGAUGCUGAGCCCGGACCGCUACAACUCUCUAUACCCAUAGGCUUUGAUCCCCAAGCAGCGCCACUUCAGGGACAAGAGCCAUCUUCUCAGGCUCAAGAGCUGCAACCAAAUUACGUGAAAGUUGACAAGAAAGAUACCAAUAAACCAGAUGGUGACGCAAGCAUAGAAGCUGAACUAGAACUAUUAAAGCUUCAAAAUACAUUGAAUCCGAACAACACGGCUGCAGUUGAUGGUUCGUAUAUGGUGAACCAGAAUAUUCUGACCAAUACACAAAAUUAUCCCGACAAACCUAAGCGUGAUAGUCCCAUCGCAAAUUUAACUGAAACAGAAUCGACGAGUAAUGGCACCGACGAAGGACAAAAAGAAUUAGUUUUUGGACAUGUUAAUGUUGACCCCGUUCUUUACAAUUUGGAAAAUCAAACUCAAUCGGAUAAUGACGAUUCAGAAUCCAGCAGCUUAACAGAGCUUGAAAACAGUGCAACCUCUGUUAAUGAAGCACAAAAGAAUUCGUCUUCAAUAUCUAUUUCGGAGACUGAAAAUACCUCUAAUUCAACAACAGAAAUGUUGAAAAAAGAUGGAGAUCAAAGUAAACUUAAUCCAGAAAACGAUUACUCUGACAUCGGGGAAGCUAUUAAAUUAAUAAGCAGAUAUGCCGACGUUACUACAGACGACAACUUUACCAAAGAACAAAAUAAUAACGGCAUGAAAGAGGACAGCUUUUUGGGUACACGAACUAAACUUCAGUAUCGUCGAAAUAAACCGAAAGACCAAAAAAUCGCUUCGAUGCCAGGUCAUACUUCUUUUGGAUUAGGUACCAAUGAUAAAACCGCUCCUCAUAAUCCGUAUCCGAAGUACGAGGUUUACUAUAGAUAUCCCUGGCAGAGUCAACACUCGCAGACCCCUCCUCCUGACUACCCGUUCCGGCAUUUACAGGACUACUGGCCUGGUCGUAACCAAAUUGGAGGUGUGUACAACACACACGAGAACCCUCGGCGACACCAUCAUUCUUAUCCCCAUAACUUUCGGCUACAUAACUACCCUCAUGCAGGAUACGCGGGCGUACCUCCUGCGUACCCGGAACAACUAAAGAGUUACAUUCACCGUGUGGUCCAACACCACGCCGACCCGAUGCGAGCUAACGGCAAUAAUCAGGACCUCUACAGCCUCCUCGGUUUGAGACAUUGGUUCAGUAGUGAAGGGACUUCAAAAAGAUAGCUUGCUUUCUGCUAUAUUAGACAAAUUCGAUGUUACCCGACGACGUAUAAUGGAAGCUAUGGGAAAAAUGAAAAAACAUGCACUAUAAUUGUAGAAUUAACAUCAAAUACAUCUUCAUUAGGUAACUGCCUAUCUUUAAACUUAUCAAAUAAUUAGGACGUAACAAGGGCAGUAACAAUUGUAGGUAAUGUAUAACGUUUGAUUCUUAUUCCGUUUCAAGUCAUUUCUGUCCAUAGCUUUCAAUAUAUUAGCCUAUUUAUUUCAAAGCCAAAUAUUACAGUCAUAAUUAAGUUAUUAUUUUUUUGUUAGGAAUUUUAAGUUCUGUAAAUAUCUUCUAAUUUAAGUGUUUUAUUUUGCUACUGAUAAAUUGUUCACAUAGUAUUAUCGUUGUUUUAUAUUAUGUUAAUGUAAAUCGUUCUAUUGAUGAUAAUUUUCGAUUUAUAUUUAUUUGAUGUAUAUUUUUAUAUAAUUUUUUCGUUGUGAAUGUAUUUGUCUUUAGGCGUUUGAUGUUUUGUAAUAAGUAUCGCAAACUAUAAUUAUUAUUUUAAGAAAUCGCAACAAUGAGGCACGGGCUUGCCAAAUGGUUUCAAGAAACUAAGUAUUCUUUGCGGUUGAUACUUGUAACCUUACUCAAUGUUUUGUGUUUAUGAUGUGUGUAGAUAUAGCUAGUAGGUAUUUGUUCGUAUUAUUACAAUUAUAACAAUCUUAAUGCAAAAUCGGACACUUGAAACCCACCAAAAACAACUACUUCCGCAAAAUGUAUUAGUAUAUGUUAAUCUAUAUUUGACCACGUGUAUACUUGCCACUUUAGGAGUAUGUAUAAUCAAUUAAUAUGUAUAAGUUUUCAUAUCUCGAAUCUACAGGACAACAGAGUAAAUUACGACAUAUCUACCUAUUGCUAAGUGAAAGCCACGAUUCGAGAGUACUCGCAUUUCGAAAUACAUUCACAUUUCUGUGCUUUCGUAAAGGCCUUAAACCUGCAUUACCGAACUAUUACGUUAUUACAUAUUAACGAUCCCACCAAAGCUUAGUUUAAGUAUUUAGUUUUUGUCACAUAAUAAUUUACUAUGUAUUUGAAACUAUAUAGAGAGUAGACGAAUUAAUGUAUUUUUAUAAUCCAAUAACAAUAAUAGUAGAAGGUUAUUUAGAAAUUGUAUGUGUUGGGCUCAAGGUGGUGGUUACGGCCGGAAUAGCCGCAACCACAUCGCAAUAUGUGUUUCACAACUUUAUAUUUUUCUCUGACUUGAAGUUGUUUUUUUUUUAAUAUAAUAAGCUUGAUUUGGGUGUUUCUAUUUGCUUGCCUUUUUAUUAUAUUUUUGAUACAUCUAAAAAUAUGGAUUUUAACGUUUCGACCCUUCAAUUCCGUUACUAUUUAGUUCUCACACUGUGUUCACACAAUGAAAAAGUAAUUUUCGAUUUUUAUAAAGUUAUUCAUUCAUUUUAAUUGAUUUAUAAGAACAACACAAGUGGAGUUAACAUAUCUGCUGAAAUAUUUAAGAAAACUCAAUGUAUAUUUAUGUUAAUUUCACUCAAGGAGGUUUUAAACUUUGAGCCUAACAUUCUUUAUAUCUGAAUGCUUGCUAGCAAGUCAGAGGUUUAUCAAACUUGACUGCCUUUUGCUUUAAAUAUCUGAUUUGAAUCUAUGUUAAACCAUAUUUUUUUCAAUAAAGUUAUUUAAAUAUCCUAUCAGAUGUGCAUUCAAAAACAACGAUUAUUUAAUUUUAAGUGAUUGUAACUAAUCAUUACUAUGAUCAACUUUUGACUACAAUACUUAACACAUACAUAUUUCAUUAUCUAAAAACCAGUGUUUAAAUAAAAAAGAUGGUUAGAUGUAUUUUUAACACUGAAACUAACCAUAACAAUGUAUUAUUGUAUAAAGUACAAAAACGGCCUGAACUUGAUAAUUUAAACUUUAACUAUUUAGAACUGGAGGUGUGAUGUAAACCUCAAGUAACAUAUUCCUACCUAAAAUUAUCCAGAUAUAUUUUAAACGCCAGUUUUUGUACUAAGUAUGCGAAAUGCUUAUAAAAUGUGUGACUUCUAAGAUUAACAUCAAUUUAAAUUAAAAAUAUUUCAAGAGGACUACUUAUGUACAAAUAAUAUAAGAUUUUAGUCAAUAGAAUAUAUAUCAUCAAAAUGUCUUAAUAACAAUAUAUUUAAAAUUAAAGAAAUUUGCUUAUUCACUGGAUGAUAUUUGAUGAAAUAUAAAACUUAAAAUUUAUCAAUGCCAGUAUUUUAUUGUAAAUAGUAAAUGUGUUACAUUAAAAAGGAAAUCAAAUUGA